CAGGUUUUAUCUUUCAGCGCCUUGCUUGCCCUUGAUUGCUCACGCGGGAGUAGCCGCAUUGGGGGGGAAUGCGACAAUAUCUCGAUACUUUCUCACUACUUCACCUUCUCAUUUGUGAGCUCUUCUUGGCCCGAGGACAUACGGAGUCAACAAGCCUUAACUUCCUUUCGAUCGGAGAUCAUGGCCUCCGUAAUAUGGAGACAGAAGCCGUGGCGAGGCGAAUGGCUCUUGAGAAAGAAGCAAUAAACGCCUCGUUCGUGUUACUGGGUGGUGACCAAUUUUAUCCGGAUGGCGUGUCCAGUGUUGAAGACCCGCUCUGGAACACAACAUUCAGGGAUCUUUUUACCCCCGAGGCAUUUCCUGUUCCUUUUUACCCCAUCCGCGGCAAUCACGACUACCACUCUAGCAACCCGGAUGCCCAGCUCGAGUACUACGACACGCACGGCGUCGAUGGUCGAUGGAUCUUCCCCGCCGCCUACUACCUUCUGCAUGAAGUUCUCGGCGACGGCACCACCAUUGACUUCAUAUUUCUGGACACCCCGCUCCUGGUUCCCGAGGAAGCCGAGACAGACGGCGCCCUCCACAUGCCUCGUGAAACGACCAGGCGCCGCGCCCAGCAAUACGCCUGGCUCGAAAGCGCCCUGGCAAGGAGUCGGGCAGACUGGCUCCUUGUCUUCGGACACCACCCUGUUUUCUCGACCGGAGAGCAUGGCGACACGCCAGGGCUGGUGAGGCAUCUCCUGCCCCUGCUCGGUAAGCAUCGCGUGGACAUGUACAUGUCUGGCCACGACCACAGCCUCCAGCACUUGCAGCACCACCCAGUGACCCCGACGCAGUUUUUUGUGAAUGGCAACGGGGCCAAGCUAGGAAGUGUGGGCCAUGUGACGCAAGCGGCCCAUGUCAAAGAGGCGGCUGUGCGCCUGGGUUUCAUGUCGCAUCAUAUCACGAAAUCGAAGCUGUGUACUCGCGCCAUUGACGCCCAGGGGAACGUUGUGUUUGAGCACACACAGGAAGCGCAGAGGCGGCUCAUCCUUCCCGCAGACACAAUAGAGGACGAUGAAAUGGGAAGGACGGGGGACUCAAUGCAAAGCAAGAAGGGUCCGACCCGGAAUUCAAAUGAGGAGUCGCUUGAGCCUCAUCGAGGCCAGAAAUCCUCUCGGGCGCGGUCCCAUGUUCGGCGAAGGCGUUAUGACAACGUCGAGAAGACAGGCGGUUGCACCAAGUCACCGCGUCCGCCGUACCCGGUCUCGAUAUUCACGCUUUAUGGAUACCGGAUGUAG